AUGUUCGUGCUGGCGGUCGUCGGGGGCUUCCUCGUCUCGCUCGUGCGUUACGGGCCGGUCAAGGCGGGGGAGAUCACCUACCGCACGCUGACCGGCGGCGUCGCCGAGUUGACGCGGAUCUCGCCGCGAAAGGUCCUCGCGCUCGCCGGGCUGGCGAUCAAGGAAUCGCUGCGUCGACGGGUGCUGGUCGCCUUGGUCGUGUUCGCCGGCAUCCUGCUCUUCGCGAGCUGGUACCUGCGGACGGACAACCUCGAGCCGGCGCGGCUCUACCUCAGCUUCGUGCUGACGGCGACGUCGUACCUGAUCCUGCUGCUCUCGCUGUUGUUGGCGGCGUUCAGCCUCCCCAACGACAUGAAGCAGAAGACGAUCUACACGAUCGUCACCAAGCCGGUCCGCCCGGGCGACAUCGUGUUGGGCCGGAUGCUCGGCUUUAUCGCGAUCGGCACGAUGCUGCUGGCGGUCAUGGCCGUGGCGAGCUGGGUCUUCGUGCAAGGCUCGUUGGCGCACGAGCACACCGUCGAGAGCACGCUGACGCCGCUGCUCGGCCCCGACGGUGAACGGGUUGGCCAGCAAGGUCGCACCUCGUUCGACCUGUUCCACCGGCACGACCUCGCGGUCGACUCCGACGGGAUCGGCCUCAGCGACGCGGCCAACGGCCACUGGCACGAAGUCGACACCGAGGGCGACCGCCUCGUCGUCGGGCCCGCGACCGGCUACCUCCGCGCCCGUGUGCCGCAGCGGGGGAAGCUGCAGUUCCUCGACCGGCAGGGCGUGCCGGUGGCGCGCGGCAUCAGCGUCGGCUACGAGUGGGGCUACCGCAGCUUCAUCCAGGGGGCGAGCCAAGCGGCGGCCAUCUGGACAUUCGACGGCGUCACCGAGUCGACCCUGAUGGAGUUUGAGGACGGUUCGGGGCUCUACCUGCCGAUCGAGUUGAUCGUCCGCGUUUACCGUUCGUACCAGGGGAACAUCGAGCAGGCGAUCCAGGGCACGAUCCAGCUCAGCAAUCCCGAGACCGGCGUCAAAACGAUGCUCGAGGUGUUCUCGGCCGAGGACGCAAAGGGGGUCAACUCGUUCGAGUUCGCCAACGAACAGACCAGCACCGAUCAACAAGAAAUCACGAUUCUUGACGACCUCGUCACCGACGACGGGCGUAUCGAAGUGGUGGUGCAGUGCCUCGACCGAGGCCAGUACUUCGGCUUCGCCCAGGCGGACUGCUUCCUGAGGCGGCCGGAGGGCUCGCCGCUGUGGAACUUCGUGAAGGGGUACCUGGCGAUUUGGAUGCAGAUGGUGAUCGUUGUCGCCGUCGCCGUCGCGGCGAGCACCUUCCUCAGCGGUCCGAUCGCGAUGGUGGUGACCGUGGCGUUCAUCCUGCUCGGCUUCUACCGAGACUUCUUCGUCGACAUCGCCUUGGGCGACUCGUACGGAGGCGGCCCGGUCGAGUCGCUGGUCCGAUUGGUGACCCAAAUGAACGUCAUGUCGCCGUUCGACCGGACGCCCGCGGUCGACGCGAUGAAGGCGGUCGAUUACGUGCUUCAGCAAGCCAUGCAGGCCGUCUCGUACGUGCUGCCCGACUUCAGCGCCUACCUGGGCCGCGUGAACUUCGUUGCCGAGGGCUUCUCGAUCCCCGGUGACGCGGUGUUGCGCGACCUGACCGUCUGCCUGGCGUACGUUGUCGGCCUGGCGGUCGCCGGUGGCGAAAUGAACCAGCGCAACAGUCUCACCCGGAAGGUCGCCUACGGCGUGGCGAUCGUGCUGCUGCUGUUCCCGCUGUCGUACCUCAGCGCGCCGGCGACGGUCGCCGAGCCGGGGGGCAAGCUCGCGCAGCUCCGCACCGCCAACCAACUCAGCCAGGCCGACCUGGGCGAGAUCGACCCCGCGAGCGAGACGAUCAAGCUGGCGACGCUCGGCCUGCGGGGCCUCGCGGUGAACCUGCUGUGGGACCGUGCGACGCACUACAAGAAGGUCGAGGACUGGACGAACCUCGCCGCCACGCUCGAGCAACUCGCGAAGCUGCAGCCCAACUUCGUGACGUUCUGGAAGUACCAGAGCUGGAACCUCAGCUACAACGUCUCGGUCGAGUUCGACGACUACAAGGACCGUUACUACUGGGUGCGACGCGGCAUUCAGUUCCUUCAGAAGGGCGUCACGUACAACCGCGACAGCCCCCAGUUGCUGUGGGAACUCGGCUGGGUCCUCGGCCAGAAGAUCGGCCGCUCCGACGAGAAGGUGCAGUACCGCCGGCUGUUCAAGGCGGACGAGGAGUUCCACCCGGAGGACCGCCCGCCCGCCGACCGCGACAACUGGCUGGUGAGCAAGGAGGCGUACCUCGAGUCGGUCGCCGCCGUCGACGAGCGCGGCAAGAGCCUCGGCAAGAAGAGCCCGAGCAUCUUCUACUCCAGCCCGUCGAAGUCGCAGAUGAACUACUCGGCCGCGAUCGAGGACGAGGGUCUGUUCCAGAAGGCGGUCGCCGGCUGGGAAGUCGCCGAACGCGAGUGGCGCGAGUUCGGCAACCUGCAGAUCGAGCACUCCACCGGCAAGUUCAUCCGCUUCAACGACGAGGAUGACCUCACCGAGCGCGUCGCGGAGCUCAACGAGCAGCUCAAAGCGAUGGGCGAGGACGUCGAAGCCAAGGCGCAGGCCGACGCCCGCGCGUCGCUCACCGACGCUCAACGCGAGGCGUACGACACGCCGGCGGAAGAUCGUACCGACGAGCAGAACGAGCUGUACUAUCAAGCCCGCAACGCCAUGAAGAUCGACGCGGCGAAGCUCGCCGCGGUCGUCGCCCAGAUGUCGCCCGAGAAAGAGCGGCAAGCCCGGGAGCUGGCCGCCGAGUUGAUGGACACGGAGCAGUCGCUCCGCUUCGUCCGGGCCUACAAGGGCACGACGAACUACGACUACUGGGCGACCCGCUGCGCCUUCGAGCAGACCAAAGCGGCCGUGACGGCGCGCGAGCUCGUCUUCCGCGCUCGGCGCCUGUUCCGCGAGGAGGGCGACCCGGUUGGCGCCAAGGAGGCUUACGAGACGUCGUUCAAUCGUUGGGCCGAGGUCUUCGAGGAGUUCCCGCAGCUCAAGGACGGUGAGGACACCACCGGCGACGACGUGAUGGUGUUCAUCUACGAAUUCAAUCGCGUUCUUGAGCAACUCGACGAAGAGAUCCCCGACGACUUCCCGCUCUGGGAGAUCAUCGAGUCGUUCGACUCGGAGGGCGAGUUCACGCUGCAGCUCCGCGAGCGCGAGCAGGCAGCGUCCGGCUCCGACGCGUCGGCCGCUGCUAGCGGCGGCGAGGAACCGGCGUUCGACGAGACGCCUGCCGCCGAGGCCGGUGCGGACGCUAGAGUGCCCGCCGUGCGAUUCUCGCGACGUCUGUUCGCCGCUGCUCUUGCCGCCACCGCGGCCGCCGCCUGGUGUUCGCCGCAAGCCGGCGCGGAGACCUCGCUCGCCUCGCGUCUCGAACUCCGCCUGCUCACGGAGCGGGGGCCCGACCGCGAGCCUGAGCCGACGGUCGUCACGGCCGUGGCGAUCUCGGCCGACGGCACGCGUGUGCUCGCUGGCGGGGACGGCCACCGGCUCCGCGUCUGGGACGCCGAGAGCGGCGCCGAGCUGGCGACGCUCGACGGCCACGGCGACUGGGUCCGCUCGGCGUGCUUCUUGCCCAAAUCCGACCGGCUCGCCUCAGUGGCGGCCGACCAUUCGCUCCACGUGUGGGCGACCGACGCCACGCCGCGUCGCCUCGCCGAACGUCGCCUCGCGGACGGCGCGUUGCAGGCGGUCGCCAUGCACCCCGACGGGCAUCGACUCGCCACGACCGGCUUCGGUGACGCCUUGCGUCUCUUCGACCUCGACGGGCCCGCGGACGCGAAGCCGACCGAGUACGGCUGCGCCUGCGAAGACACCCGCGCCGUCGCUUUCUCGCCCGACGGGCGGUGGAUGGCGGCCGCGGGACGCAACGGAGUGGUCCGGAUGUGGGACCUCGUAGCGAGUGGCGGCCCGCGUGACCUGCCGUCCGACGGCCGGCGCGUCCGCGCGCUCGCCUUCUCGCCCGACGGCGAGACCCUCGCCGCCGGCGGUGACGGCCCCGCGGUGCGGCUGUGGCGGGUCGACACGCGCAACGCCGCGUUCGACGACGCGACGAUCGCCCCGGACGAACUGCUGGUGCGGCCCGGCAAGGUCCACUCGCUCGCGUUCCUCGACGACCGCACGCUCGCCGUCGGCGGGACACGCAACACGAUCCAGCUCUGGGACGCCGAGACCCGCUCCGAGCGCGGCUCGCUCCGCGGCCACACCGGCACGGUGGCGGCGCUCGCCGCUAGCGAAGACGGCAGGCGGCUGGUGAGCGGCUCGUUCGACGCGACCGUCCGGGUCUGGGACGUUGACCCGACCCGGUUGCCCGCCGCUAGCACCGCGGCUCGGGUCGCCCCGGACGCCGGGGCGAACGCAGUUUCAAGGAGGAAACUCGUGGGACUCAUCAGCACGCUGUUCCGCCGUCCGUCGCGUCCACUGGCCAAGGCGCCCCGCCGCAGCGGAGUUGAGCCGCUCGAGCAGCGCCAGAUGCUGGCGGCGGACGUGCUGCUCGGCGCUGUCUACUACGAAGAGUCGACCGGCGAGGACACCCAGCCGGACAUCCUGCACGUCUCGUUUGUCGGCGGAGCCGAAGGGACGACCCUCGAUCGUCUCGUGAUCAGCGGCGACAAAGCAGGCGACGGCUUCACGGUCAACGACGUCUUCUUCGACAUCGACCCCGCGCAGCCGGGCGACUUCGCACCGGUCGGCUUCUCGCUCGUGGAGUCGGAUGGGUUCGAAGUGACCGGCGUGUCGGUCUCCGACGGCAGCACCGACAUCGUGUUCACCUUCGACGGGUUCGACGCGGGCGAGACGCUCGUCUUCUCGAUUGACGUCGAUGAGUUCGACCAGGUCGACCCGACGAACGGCGACCCGGUCUUCAACGCCACGGCCGAAGGCGCCGAAUUCCAAUUCAGCAACAUCGUCGGUGAUUUCUCCGCCCCCGGCCACGUUGACCUGCAACUGAGCGGAACGUACUACGACUUCUUUGACGACCUGCGUGUCGACGCCGAGUCGGACACCGGCCUGUCACUAGGCGACCUUCCGGACGACGACUACGAGUCUCAAGAGGACGACCCGGUCCGCACCGCCGGCGCCGUCGCCCACGCGCCGCAGCUCGAGCUCGCGACGCUCUCCGGCUUCGUCUACCACGACCGCGACGACGACGGCCUCCGCGAGCCGGGUCAGAGCGAGGAGCCGAUCGCCGAUGUCACCGUCGAGUUGCUCGACGCGUCGGGCGCCGUGAUCGGCGCGACGACCACCGACACGAACGGCUUCUACGAGUUCGUCGACCUCGAGCAGGGCGUCUACAGCGUUCGCGAAACGCAGCCCGCGGGCUGGUUCGACGGGAAAGACACCGCCGGGUCGGAAGGGGGCACGGUCACCAACGACCUCAUCUCGUUGAUCGACCUCGAUUACGGCGAGCACUCGGUCAACAACAACUUCGGCGAGUUGCUGGGGGCGACGAUCGGGGGCCGCGUUCACGCGAUGGACGGGCCGGACUGCGACUUCGACAACCCGGACGUGCUGCUGGAAGGGGUGACGAUCGAGCUCUUGAACCCGGCCGGGCAGGUGAUCGCCACGACGACGACCAACGCCCAGGGCCGCUACCAGUUCACCGGCUUGCGCCCCGGCGAGUACCAGGUCCGCGAGCGCCAGCCCGAGGGCUACUACGACGGCGGCGAGCGGGUCGGCACGGCGGGCGGAACGCUGUCGGACGACCUGAUCUCAGGCAUCGUGGUGGGCUCGGAAGAGAACGCGACACAGUACGACUUCUGCGAGCACAUCGGGGCCGAUCUCUCCGGCUACGUCUACCACGACCGCUCCAACGACGGGAUCAAGGACCCGGGCGAGGAGCCGAUCGCCGGCGUGACGCUCAAGCUGCUGAAGGACGGUGUCGAUACGGGCCGGACAGCCGUGACGGACGCCAGCGGCUACUACGAGUUCACGAACCUCGACCGGGGCAAGUACGCGGUGAUGGAGAUCCACCCGGAGGGGUGGAUCGAUGGCCUGGACACCGAGGGCAACCUGGGCGGCUCACCGGACAACCCCGGCGACAUGAUCAGCCAGAUCAUGCUCGACUACGGCGACGACGCCGUGGAGUACAACUUCGGCGAACUCCUGCCCGGCAGCAUCGCGGGCCGUGUGCACGCCUCGAUGGACGGCGAUUGCGACUUCGACGACCCGGACGUGCUGCUCGAAGGGGUCACGAUCCAACUGCUGAACGCCGACGGCGAACAGAUCGCCGAGACGACGACCAACGCCCAGGGCGAGUACCUCUUCGACAACUUGCCGCCCGGCAAGUACAGCGUCCGCGAGAUCCAGCCCGAGGGCUUCUACGACGGCAGCGAGCGAGUCGGCACGGCGGGCGGUGUCCUGUCGAACGACCUGAUUUCGCAGAUCGACCUCGGCUCCGAGCAAGCGGCCGUCAACUACGACUUCUGUGAGCAUGUCGGCGCGCGGCUUUCGGGCUUCGUCUACCACGACCGGUCCGACGACGGCAUCCGCGACACAGGCGAGGAAGCGAUCGCCGGGGUGACCAUCGAGCUGCUCGACGCGUCGGGCGAGGUGAUCGGAACGACGACCACCGACUCGGCUGGCUUCUACGAGUUCGUUGACCUGACCGCGGGGAUCUACACGGUUCGCGAGACCCAGCCGGUCGGCUGGUUCGACGGCAAGGACACCGAGGGAACGACCGGCGGCGUGGCGACCAACGACCUGAUCUCGAGCAUCCCGCUCGAAUUCGGUGACGACUCGCAGAACAACAACUUCGGCGAGUUGCUGGGGGCGACGAUCGGGGGCCGCGUUCACGCGAUGGACGGGCCGGACUGCGACUUCGACAACCCGGACGUGCUGCUGGAAGGGGUGACGAUCGAGCUCUUGAACCCGGCCGGGCAGGUGAUCGCCACGACGACGACCAACGCCCAGGGCCGCUACCAGUUCACCGGCUUGCGCCCCGGCGAGUACCAGGUCCGCGAGCGCCAGCCCGAGGGCUACUACGACGGCGGCGAGCGGGUCGGCACGGCGGGCGGAACGCUGUCGGACGACCUGAUCUCGGGCAUCGUGGUGGGCUCGGAAGAGAACGCGACACAGUACGACUUCUGCGAGCACAUCGGGGCCGAUCUCUCCGGCUACGUCUACCACGACCGCUCCAACGACGGGAUCAAGGACCCGGGCGAGGAGCCGAUCGCCGGCGUGACGCUCAAGCUGCUGAAGGACGGCGAGGACACCGGCCAACGCGCCGUCACCGACGAGAGUGGUUUCUACCAGUUCACGAACCUCGACCGGGGCGAGUACUGCGUGAUGGAGGUCCACCCCGAAGGGUGGAUCGACGGCCUCGACACCGCGGGCAACCUGGGCGGCGAAGCCACCAACCCGGGCGACAUGAUCUGCGAGAUCACGCUCGACUACGGCGACGACGCCGUGGAGUACAACUUCGGUGAACUCCUGCCUGGCAGCAUCGGCGGCUUGGUGCACUCGUCGACCGAGCCGGACUGCAUCGACGACCCCAACGCGAUGCCGAUCGCCGGCGUGACGAUCGAGCUGCUCGACGAGUCGGGCGCCGUGAUCCGUACGACGACGACCGACGCGGACGGCCGCUACCUGUUCGACAACCUGCCGCCCGGCAAGUACGGCGUCCGGGAGAUCCAGCCCGAAGGUUACUUCGACGGCGGUGAGAUCGUCGGCGAGAAAGGCGGCGGCGUCUCGGACGACUUGUUCACCGGCAUCAACGUCGGUUCGGCCGAGGACGUCCGCGGCUACCACUUCUGCGAGACGCCCCCGUCGGCGCUCGCGGGUUAUGUGUUCAUCGACGGCGCGCCGAUCGUGCUCGCCGCGGGUCAGACCCUGCCCGAAGACGUCUCGCCGCUCCGCGACGGCGUCCGGACGAGCGACGACACGCCCCUGGCCGGGGUCGUCGUGCGACUGGUCAACGGCGCGACGGGCAACCCGUUCUACCGCGUCGGCCCCGGCGAGAGCUUCGAGGACGUGCCGGAAGGAUUCGCCGGCAUCGAGGUGCUGCCCGGUUACUACGAAGACGGCGUCUUCGAGGUGCUGACCGACGCGCGGGGCUACUACGAGUUCAACGGCCUGCCCAGCGGUUCGUACGCCGUGGUGGAGAUCGGCCCGACCGGGCUCGCGGACGGCGUCGACACGCCCGGCUCGACCGGCGGCGUGGCGGUCAACCCGGGCGAUCCCGACACGAUUCCGAUCCGCCGCUUCGAAGAGCGGUUCGGCAACGACGUGCUGUUCAACAUCCCGCUGGGAGUUGGCGAGUUCUCGGUCGAGAACAACUUCAGCGAGGUGCGGACGACGCCGCUCAUCCCGCCGACGCCCGAAGACCCGCCGCUGCCGCCGUUCGUUCCGCCGACGGCCAUCACACCGGGGCCGCCUCCGGCGCUCUUCCCGCUGACGAUCCUCGACGACCCGCUGCCCGAAGGCUUCGGCGGGUCCGACCCGGUCGGUGGUUACACCUGGCACCUGAGCGUCAUCAACGGCGGUCAGCCACGCGCGGUGACUGAGAACGAAGCGCGGAUGCUGCUGACCUCGCAGUCGGAGGCGUCCGACGAGUGGGACGGCGCCGACCGCGACGAAGAGGAGCUGCGUCGCGCUCGCUGGUUGCUCUUGGCGAGCGACGUCGAGGGCGCCGAUCUCAGCGAGUUGCUGUUCGGCAUCGAUGCGGCGAUCCCGGUCGCGGGCGACUGGGACGGCGACGGCGUCACCGACAUCGGCGUCUUCCUCAACGGCGAUUGGUACCUCGACCUCAACGGCAACGGCCGCUGGGACCGCGACGACCUGUGGGCCAAGCUCGGCACGGGCGAGGACCUGCCGGUGACCGGCGACUGGGACGGCGACGGCAAGACCGACAUCGGCAUCUACGGCCCGGCGUGGGCACGCGACCCGCACGCGAUUCGCCACGAGCCGGGCAUCCCCGACGUCGCCAACUGGCCGACGAACCUCGAGGACGAGGACGGCGAGCCGAAACUGAAGAACAUGCCGCCAAUCGAAGAAGAGGCGACCCUCGGCGCCCGACUGAUGCGGCAGCCGACGCAGGCGAUCAAGCAGUUCGCUCGACGCGCCGACCUCAUCGACCACGUCUUCCACUACGGCGCCCCGGGCGACGCCCCGGUGGCGGGCGACUGGAACGGCGACGGCCUGCGGACGAUCGGCGUCUUCCGCGACGGCCUCUGGACGCUCGACACGGACGGCGACGGCCGUCUGGAAACGACCGAUCGACAGGUCGUGCUCGGCCAGCCCGGGGACAAGCCGGUCGUGGGCGACUUCGACGGCGACGGCGUCGACGACCUGGGCGUCUAUCGCGGCGGCGAGUGGCUCACCGACCUCGACGGCGACGGCGAGCUCGAAGCGAUGGACGAGGCGUUCGCCCGCGAUCAGACGACGCCGACCGGCGAGCCGAUCGUCGGCGACUGGGACGGCGACGGCCGCGACGAGCCGGGUGUCUACACGCCCACCGGCGAGACGGCGCCGGCCGAAGAGGUCCGCGUGUCGCAGCGCCAGGCGGGGUGA